ACCCUAGACUCCUACCCAACGCGCGGCCAACCUCAAGGCAAGGCAACGUAGUCCAGGAGUCAAAAUUUUUUAAACAAAAACAAAAAAUGCCGUUGUUUGGAAAGAGGCACAAAUCACCUCGUAGAAAGCUAGAAGCGGGGGCUUCUAACACUCUAAAGUCUUCACUAGGUCURCCAGAACAUAGUGGAAACCCCAGUGAUCCAAACAAUCCUGUAAAAUUAACUCUUGGGGGAAACGAGCUGGUUUUCCAAGAUGGCGAAUGGUAUUCAGAAACUAAUCCGGGAGUUGGAGGCAAAGGCAGCGCAGAAGUUAACAAACUACAGAARCAAAAUACUCAGUUAAAAGAAGAAAAUAACUAUUUGAAGUAUAAAAUUGAUGUUCUGUUAGACAUGCUUGCAGCAACUACAGCAGAUUGCAAUGUGAUAGAAAAAGAACUAGAAACAUUACAAAGUCAGAAGAGAACUCGAAGCAUGCAGAGAUAAAGGCAUGACCUUACUUCAUUCGUAGUGACAACAAAAUCACAACAGGUUAACCAGAAGUAUACUACUUUCAAUGAGACCAAUCACACACAUGGCAACUGUGGAAAGCCAUGUGGGAAUGAUCGAAGCUUGCAGGGAAAAGAGGCUUGACCUUACUUUAUUCUUAGUGUCAUAACUUGCGACAUAACACCAGACUAAACAUACACUUAAAAAAGAUGCAUGUACAUGGGAAUGAUUCGUUUGAUUGAUGGUAGAGUGCAUACCUUAUAUCGGUGAAAAAUAUUGCACAAAAUUGCACACAUUAGUAAGUUCAAUAGAUCUCAGUAGACUGCAUCUACCUACAAACUUUGUACUAAUUUGACAUUUAUUUUGUACAAAGUUGACUUUUUCAAAAAAAUAUGGUAUGCACUCUAGUCUAUUGCAAACUAAUCUGUCCAGACUGAUUAGCACAAUGUAUUAAAAUCAGGAGUGAAGAGACUGGCAUUGAACAUCUGCUUUUUAUUGAAUGCUAUUCCAUCUCUUAGUUGUGCCCUAUGACAAUCAGGAAUGUUGCUUUUUCUUGAUGAUGCCGCAUCGUGGUGCUUAAUUUCAAUUACACCUUUACCAGUUUGUUUAUUAGGAAACUCAUGUUUCCCUUCCAUGUCCACGAAAUAAUUGCUCCAAGUUAAAGUUUGACCUACUUUGUUCAUACAKUUUACAGUAUUUUAUUGUGUUCGACCUCAACUUCAUAAAUUUGUAUUUGUUGUAUUUAUGUAUAGAUGUAAAAAAAGCAAGUUUUUCAUAAAGUGCUGGCGAUCUCAGAAUGCUCUGGUAUUGGAGUAAAAUUCUCCAGCUGAAUCUACCAUUAAUAUCUUAGUAAAUUGUCAAAUGUUCACUUGGUCCUCAGGACUCUAUGKACUCAACUAGCUCACUUAAAAUAUUUAAACUCAUUAAAGUACUGGAUGUACAUAACAUUUUUUAUCAAAGUUAUAAAUAAAGAAACAAGGCAUUUGA